ACAGCAUCGGCUCUUACAAUUAAAUUUAGCCCAUACGUCCACUCCGCUCAUAUGUUAACGAGCUCACUGUGUUCAUGCAGGCUGCGCCAUCUAGCCACACGUUGGUGACAUCCGGGCCCCUUGUUGAUCGCCAUUUUGCGAAAAAAUACGCUCUUAAAAAGAAUUGUUGCACCGCCUUCACUUUGUUGACCCUUCUACGCCACACCACGUGCGAAGCAUCCAUUGCAAAUGUGGGCAGUGCACUUUGGACAGUUCGCGGCCUCUUCAAAUGCUGAACCUUAUGCCCAGCUGACAGGAGGAAGGAGGGCCAGUCCAGCCUGAAAUCUCCAGAGAGGAGCUUCCUCUGCCCACAAUGAAUCGAAGUUACAUGCAACAUAGUGCAAUGGAGAUCCAAGACGUGCGCAGCCUUACGGAGAAUGGCAUCUUGGCGGAUGCCUCUGCACUUCUCACAGAGGCAUCGCCCGGGGAGACGGCAGUGACUGCCUUGCCUGUGGUCAACUUGAGCAUUCCUUUUCUCAGCGGCACACAAGGCAUCAUGAUUGGGACCACCCAGGAUGGAUCAGGAGCAUUUGUAGUGGACGCUUCUCACCUGUCCCUGCUUAGCUCCAGUGGUGUCUUUGCAGACGGGGUUCUCCAACUCUCUGUCCAGGGCAAUGAUGACACAGAGCAAGUGGUAGUGCUUCAACCACAAGACAUGGCUAGCUUGGAAAGCAGUGGCACAGCACCUCUAAUGGAGUUGAGCACAAACGUGCCUGCAGGCAUGCCACUGAUUACACUGCCUGAAGCGGACACUGCUAAAAAAAUGCCACUUGCAGUCCUAAAAGUCGACGACGUUGGGCCACCUGUUGGCAAGGGCCCAUUCAAGUGCAGUGUCUGCAGCACGGAGUUCCCGAAGUGGAGCCAGCUACAACGGCAUGAGCGUGCACAUGCUGAAGACAAACCUUUCAAAUGUUCAAGGUGCGAAGCAUCUUUCAACCAGGAGUUGAACCUUCGGCUGCACAUGGCCACCCAUCCGGGUCCGGGACAGCCGUCCUGCCCAGAGUGUGGCAAAUCGUUUGCACGCCUGGCCAGCCUCAAGGCACACCUGAUGCUGCACCAGAAGGAGGAGAAUCUGAUCUGUGCUGAGUGUGGGGACGAGUUUAGUACACAGGCACGCCUUGACCGCCAUGCCCAGGAGCACAAGGAUGAGCUUUCUAAGGUGAAGUUCUACUUCUGCCGACAGUGCCCCCAAAGAUUCUGCAAGCAGCCGCUUCUUAAGGAGCACAUGAAAAUGCACUACAAAAUUAAGGCAUCCCUCUCCCAUCGCACAUACAAGAAAAAUAUUGAUCGCUCAUCAUUCUCUCAUAAAUGUACAACAUGCAAAAAGCAAUUUCAGAAGCCCAGCCAGCUGUUGAGGCACAUCCGGAUACACACAGGAGAGCGGCCCUUUGAGUGCAAGAUUUGCCACAAGACAUUCAAUCAGAAAGGAGCUCUCCAAAUUCACUUGAGUAAACACAGUGGGUUGAGACCACAUCGCUGUGAGUUCUGCUCAGCUGCUUUCUCUCAAAGGGGCAACCUGCGUGCCCACAUCCAGAGGGUUCAUUCUGCGCCCCCCAGUGACCAGAACACACCCAUGUUCAGGUGUCAAGAGUGUGCAUGCACUUUUCGGCGGCUGGGCAGCCUGAAUGCACACAUGAGCCGAGUGCAUUCUGGCCAGAUGAGCCUGUCAACCAACCUAUCAAAGAAGGAAGCAUUGGAGUCACUGUCCAAAAGUCUGCACCAGCAGACUUCAGUUGUCGUGGACAUCUGCCGUGAAGACUUGGACAAAAAAGACCUGUUGAAUCAGAGCAAUGCGGACCUCUUACAGCAAGUGCUUGUCAACAGUGGGCUCACUCACAGUCCUUCUACAAACAAUGCCGAGGUAAAGAAAACACCAUCACCACUACCACUGCCACCACCGCUGCCACCACCACCACUACCACUACCCCCGCCACCGCUACAAGAACCAUCUGUCACAAAGGACAGCUUAUUGCCACCUCCUUCUAAUCCAGUUGAGACAGCAGUGGAAAAGGUGGCUUCUACAACUGAGCGUGCAAUGGUGAUGUCUGUUGCUGACACUGCAACAGGUCAAAUCAAGAUGCACAUCUAUAGGAUGGUGGGAAAUGUGCGCUGGCACCAGUGCAUGUAUUGCACCAAGGAGUUUAAAAAACCAAGUGAUCUUGUGCGGCAUAUCCGGAUACACACUCAAGAAAAGCCUUACAAGUGUAGUAACUGCUUUCGUGCCUUCGCUGUCAAGAGCACGCUGACGGCACACACUCGGGCAACCCAUCUGGGUGUCAAACAAUUUCAGUGCCCCACCUGCCAGCACCUGUUCUCUACAAGAGGUUCCUUGAAAGUCCACAUGCGAAUCCACACAGGGGACAAACCAUACACAUGCAGAAUUUGCAACAAGAGCUUCAGCUCAUCUGGGCGCUGCAAGAUGCAUGUGGCCUCACAUUGUCGAGAUGGGGAGAAUUCACGUUUUUCUGCAAACCUUCACAGUGGCACAGGGGUCCUUUCAGACGAUCUCUCGUCAUUCAUUCCCAUUCAAGAGCCCAUCUUCAUCUCUGAAGCCACUGGUGAGGCAGCCCUUGAUGAUGGAGAUCUCAAGAGACCACCAGCUAUUCAGGAACGACCCUACAAGUGCAGCAUUUGCCCAUUGGGGUUCAAGAAGUCCAGCCACCUGAAGCAGCACAUCCGCUCGCACACAGGCGAAAAGCCCUUCCAAUGCAAUGAAUGCCAACGGAAUUUUGUCUCCAAUGGUGUUCUCAAGGCUCACGUAAAGACUCAUACAGGCAUCAGGGAACACAAGUGUAAUAUUUGUGAUGCAACAUUUACUACUAAUGGUUCCUUGAAGCGGCACAUGUGCACUCACACAAGUGCCAGGCCAUUCAUGUGCCCAUACUGCCAAAAGACCUUCAAGACCUCAGUGAGCUGCAAGAAGCAUAUGAAAAUUCACCGUGGAGAGCUGAUCCUGCAGAGGAGUGGUUCACAGACCCAAGGGGAACAAGUGGACAGCACAGCAGCUGCUGUUCUCUCUGACUCACUUGUGGAGGCUUUGGUGCCUGUUAACCCUGAUGAGGUUAUGGGCCAGAACCACAGUGACCUGGAUGCAGCAGUCCCUGUUGUGGAGGAGCUCGUACAGGGCAGUUCUGUUGAACCAGGUGAUCCUGGUGGCUUUGUUGCACAAGAGGUUUUAGUGCAGGAAUUAUGGGGAUUUAUCCACGACAACUUGCAGCAGUUACAAGGGACCUUGUUUGGUGGCCAGAAUGACCAAGUGGACCUUGGACAGGCAACACAGGUGUUCUCACAAAAUGGCUUCUUCUCACAAACAUUGCCACAGCUCACACUGCAAGGUGAUGCCUUGGAUGUGGGCACUCUGGCUAACAGUUUUGUGACAUCAUCACUUGGUACACCAACUGAGCUUGCUUCAGGCACGCCUGAAAAUGAUGAGCUGGUUGGUGAGCUCCCAGUAGCCCAUGAUGAUGCUAAUCCGACCUUAUCACAAGAGUCAACGCUGCAGCAGGUAGCACAAGAUGCUCUGCGUGGAACAGAAGUGGAUACAGGAGAUGAUGACAAGCCUUUUGUAUGCACAGUCUGUGACAAGCGAUUCAAGCGAUCGACAUAUCUGAAGUCUCACAUGCGGUGCCACUUUGCACGCAUGGCCUCCCAGAAGAAUUACAUCUGCCAGCAAUGCGGUGCAUGCUUCACCACAGCUUUCUCUCUGAAACGACAUGCUGUUAGUCACACACAGGAGUUGCACUGUGACAGUUAUAUCUGUGCAGUUUGCUCCCUUGCUGUACCAACUGCUGCAGAGCUUCGACGACAUGCUUGUCAGCAUCAUGCGGCUGACAAAGAAAAGGCAGCUGAAGACUUACCGGCUGAAAACACGGAGCCAACUGUGGCUGUUGAUGAAUCUCAAAGGGUGUCAAAACGUCUGGCUGAGAAAGUGAAUGCUUCUAGCACACAACGUAAAUUUGUCAAAUUCACAGAGGAGCAGUCAAGAGAAUUGGCACAGAAGGAUCCUAAAGAAUCUACUUUAUCUGUUUCGGAAAGAGCCCUGAUUGCUACUGCUGCUGAAAAGGAUCGGGAGACACAAGAGUGGGAAAAGCCACCCGUUGCUGAGCACCCCAACCGAUGUGAUAUGUGCCCCAAGAGUUUUCGGAAGCCAAGUGACUUGGCACGGCACAUACGCAUCCACACUGGUGAGCGGCCUUUCUCAUGCGAGAUAUGCCAAAAGUCCUUCACGGUGAAGUCCACUCUUGACACACACCGUCGCACUCACCGAGGCGAACGCAACUACCCCUGCCACAUCUGCUCUUCCUUCUUCUCCACCAUGGGCAGCCUCAAAGUGCACAUGCGGCUGCAUACAGGAUCCCGUCCUUUCAAGUGCCCCCACUGCGACCUUCGUUUUCGGACAUCUGGUCAUCGCAAAAGCCACAUUCUGACACACUUCAAGAGUGGAGGCGUGCGGCGCCGCAGUCGUCUGCAGCCACGAGAAGAGAAGGCUCCACAGGUGGCCAUUCUGGAAGAGCCCACUGAUGCAGAGGGAAUCAUGGAGGAGAUCCAGCUGCAGCUAGCUCCAGGUAUCCAGAUUACAGGCCUCAACCCUUCUACACAGACAGUGCAGAUUGAUGCCACCUUCCUGCAGCAUUUGCAACAACUGCAGCAACAGGGCAACAUCAACAUCUCCAUAACUCCAUCAGCAGACUCCGGUGGUGCAGAUGUGGAGCAGCAACUAGAUGCUGCAUCAUUCCUUAUUCAGCAGGAUGGUUCUGGUGGUGGCUCAGUAGUACUUGACCAGUCGCUGCCUCUGGUUGCAUCAGAGGGCAAAAAUGGAGCAGUGACAUUUACAGUGGUGGAGCCCACUGGCCCAAACCAAGAGCCUGCAGCACAGGUGGCUGCUGCUGAGCUGGGCCUUGAUGAGCUGGCUGCAGCUGAAGGCAGUCUCAUGGAAAGCACAGUCAUAGAUGCAGCUGACCUGGUGGCACCUGCAGCCAUUACAGAGGGUGCAGGGGAGAAACGUAGGAAAACGGCGGAUGAUGGGGAUGGAGCGCGGGCCCAUGUGUGUGAUCAGUGUGGAAAAUCCUACAAAAGGGCCAGCCAUCUCAAAGAGCAUCUAGAGUCACACAAAAGCAAGGAUGAUAAAGGGAAGAAAGCUCCAUACCAAUGCCAAGAGUGCCCUAAGGCAUUUGCAAAGCCUAGCCAACUAAAGAGACAUGAGCGAAUUCACACGGGUGAGCGACCUUUCCAAUGCAACCUGUGCAACAAAUCAUUUAAUCAGAACAAUGCCCUACUUGUGCACCUCAUCAAGCACACUGGGAUGCUAACUUCAAAUGAGAAGAGCAAGUGAUUGCUAAGUCCUGGUAAGUAAGAUACUUCAGAGACAAGUUUAGGGUUGGUAGUCAGCACUAGAUCGAGGGUAUUUGCGCUUCCACAUGUGAUUCUUGUAGGCCCCACGAAUUAGUUGGGAUAACGAAAAUAAAGAGCACAGGUCUAAAAAUUUGAUACAUUGAGUAGGGGACAAGAAUAAUGCCGGAAAUAUGGCAGUCCAUGAAAUUGACGGGAAAUUAAAAUCGCCUAGUAAAAAAAAAUGGCUGUGGCUUAGCUAAGGUUAAGCCCAGGAUGCGAAGCAUACUAGCCUUUAUUUUAGUUGUUGAACCACUGUUUAGCCUGGUGAACUGCUGUUGCUUGGCUAUAUUUGGUUCGGCUAGACGAAGAAACAACUCAUGCAGGCGAGCGCACGAGCUGAGACCCGGCUAUGUAGCUACGCGGCCGCAAGCGAGCGCGCGAGUUGAGCCUCCGCUUUUGCAGCUGUUAUGGCGUCAUAUGGUAGCUACGCGGCCGCGCGCGGCGCAGCAAGGAAGAGCGUGGUUGUGCGGCUAGUAUGCUUCGCAUAAAAGAGCGAUGCAUAGGGGUGUCGUGUGGUGACAAAAUUUAUGGGUGAAGCAUCAUUUAAACCUUCAUUAAAUUGAUGGGAACUUUAACAUCCAUUAACCAAGGUAUUUGCUAGUGUAAAGUUUUGAAUAUGAAUCAAAUAUACUUUUAAUAUUCAUAUUCAGUGAAAACCUGUGGAUUCUAUAGCUUUAAUGCAUUCGACACAAUAUUGAGAACCAAAUAAAAAUGCGAGAGUACAUUCUCAAGCACUACUUUUUAAUUUGAUUUUCUUUGCAAGGCUCAUCGGCAUAGCAGCGUGGUGGCUACAGUCAUAAUUUGUUAUUGGCAACCGUGCAGCAGCAGGCAUUGUUUGUUUAUGUCAGUUUUGGGACCAUUUGCCCAAUUUCAUACUACUUCUCACACUUAUGCCAUGGCAUACUGCACUUUUAGAGUGAACUCUCCACAGGCCAAUUUGUAUAAUGGAAAUGCUUGCAAUUAGAAAGGUAAUAUUGCAUUAAAUAUACAUCUACACAAAAGGUUUUGAUAACAGACAACACUGCCAAUGAACCAGGCAGCUGUCAGCCCUGUCUCCCUCCCACAAGUGGGCUAGAGGUGAGGUGGCCUAUAGUGGCAUAGACACCUUUAGCUGCGGUCCACAAAACCCCCUGACAAGGAAAUUCUCCAAGAGCAGAGAAUGCAAAAUGGGGAAUAAAAAAUCUGACUUUUUCCGGAAACUGUCAGGAAAACCGGUAAAGAGGUGAUGGCCUUGGAACUUUCACAAUGCAGUGAAUGCAGCAGCAUGCAAGUGCAUCGUCAUCUGUAGAAGCAUGCUUUUCAGAACCAAGCGCACCUCAUUAUUUUUUGUCUCCACCUUUACUUCGCUUGUUCCUUGUAAUUUAUUCUGCAUUCCUGGGCCAAAUAUCUUGGAGGUAAAGAAAGUAAUGUUUGAUGCCAUAGUAUCGUAGACAGGUUGGUGGUGAGGUGGUAAAUCUGAAUUAGCGAUUGUCAAAUUAACAAAUAUUAACUGUAAUUGGACACUAGUUUAUUUUCAUUCUCAAAUAAUUGACAUCUCAGUGUACUAAAUAAAAGAGUUGUGGUAAAUGCAUUUCUUUAUUCAAUUUGUAUUUGAAGUUAAAUAUUCAUAUUCUAAAAAUCUAAUAGUUAUACAACCCUACUCAAGCUGUGCAAUGUGUGCCUGUUUUGUCUGCCAAGCUGUGAGCAUGGAACAGUUCCAUUUUUCAUUCAGUUUGAGUAAGGCCUUUUUAAUUGAUUACAUGAUUUCCUUUCAUACCCAAUACUUAUACAGUUCAAUGACUAUGCUACGUACUGAAAUCUGUUUUUGUAAAUUACUUAUUUGGGGUCUUUGAGAAGUGCUGGCAACAUAACCCUAUAUAACAGGCAAAAACGGUAUAUUUAUUCCAGUGGUGUCCAGAUUGCUGGUAAAUUGCUGGCCCAUUCUCUUGACUGGUACUGAAGUCAUUGCUCAGACAUGACGAUCUUGAAAAGUACUGCAGAAUCCAGUAUUAAAGGCAGCACACAAACAUCUUGUCUGUGUUCCAAGCAGCACCAGCAUAUGGAACAACGGUACUUGAUACACCUGUAUCUCGUCUGCUAUUGUGUCCGAGUUGGAUCACAAGUUUUUACCAUGUUCACAUCUGAAUGAAAAAAUGUUCGCAUCUGAAUGAGAUGUAAAGAAAGCUGUAUGUUAUCUUGAUCUUUUAUGCAUUGGUUGCUACAUUAACAAGUUAGAAUGAUUGGCACAGCAUUACUUCGUGCUGUUUUGAGUGCGGACCAAGUGUUGUGACAUGUUCCUUCUGGAAGCGGAUUACACUCCAUCUUGGUGAAGCCUCAGAGGUGCCAACGGCUCAGUGACAAACCACAGGAAGCAGCUGUGCAAUAACUGUGGGGCUUAAUUCUGUCUCUCUUUCCAAUUGACACCACCUGCAGUUCCAUUUUUCCCUGCUGUUUGUGGGACUACAUAGACAACAGGUGGCUUGUGGACCUUGCUGAAACAUUUAAAAUGCAUUCAAGUAAAUGCUAGAAUGUGCCUGUGUAUGUAUAUCAUUAUAAAUGCUGUGUAUAUUUUGUAAAAAGGUUGUCAUAUGUAAAUAUUUUCGUACAAUGUUAGUAUUGUUAUAAGUGCAACUUGUAUAUCCUGUACAUAAAUAUAACACUCUAACUAUGUUGUGUAUGUGCUUGUACAGUUGAUCCCGGAUAUAUCAAGCGUGGACAUAUUGAAUGAUUGUCUAUAUCAAAGUCUUAACAUGCCCUUGGAUAUCCCAUGCAAAAGUAUGCCACCGUACUAUGCCUGUAUAAACUCGCGUUCAUCGGCACAUUCAAUAUAAUGAACGCUGCACCGCACCCCUCUCUCAUGGCUUGUGGCCUCCGAGAUUCCACCGAUGCCAAUGCGAUCUCAGAAGCCGCACCAGCCUGCAUGGCCUGGGCAUGACCUCCGAGAUUGCACUGGGGAGACCUCCGAGGCCAGGCCCAGUAGAGAAAGAGAAGUGAAUGCACUAAUCUUUUAGCACCACAAUGUGUAGCCGCGCUUAGCCGCGCAGCAUGGCGUCACCCACGCAUGCUUGCGUGUGACCCCUGACGUUGCACCAAGAGAUCCUGGAUGUCAGGCCCAGCUGCACCUGCCUGCCUGUGCGGCGUGCUACGCAGUAGAAGUAAAUGUGCUAAUCUUUCGCACCGUGGCGUUUAGCAGCACGGCUCGUACAGCCAGGCAUGCGCAAGAGAGAGAGGUCAGUGGAAAAGUGCGAUAGCUCACUCUCCUUCUGCACAGGCAGGCAGCUACGUGUGGCAGUGAGAAAGACCAAUGUUGCUCAAUGACGUAUUUGUUGCGGGGACGGAGUUUUGAACUGCCGCGGCGAAUGAGUGCAAAACACUGCGGAAAGCGAUAUACUCAGUGCUCAAUGGUCGGGUAUUUUUUUUUUUUAGAAACGAUUCUAGUUAGUUAUAUCCAUUGGCAGCACAAUUUCACUUCGUUAAAACAAGGUUUUAAAUACAUGGAUCUCAAUGGGGAUUUCAAGGGGAAUUUACUUUGUUGUAUCCCAUUUUGUUAUAACGAGGUUCAAGUGUAUUUUAAUGCGCGCAAGGUGCACCAGUCUUGCAGCCAGGCAAUGCAGGCUAUUUACGGUAACAUUGCAACAGAAGGUAUAUCAAAAACCACCCUGCAGCGUGAGUUGCGACACGUGUGUGCAAAAAUAACCUUUGCAGAUGCAUUUCAAUUCGAGUGACUCGUAAGUAAAAGACAGCAAAGCUGUACAAAGAAGUUUUCACACCUUUUGGAAGUCAGAGGUCUGUUUUACUAUUGCCUGAAAUCUAACCAAUACUUUGUAAACACUUCACUAUAUUGUAGCUUAGUACUUUUAUACUGUUCGUUAUAUCUGACACAAGCUUCUGUAUACCGGCUCUACCGAAGCCGGCGUCCACUUGCACAUUCUCACUGACACCCUGGUCGAACUGCCGGAUACAUAAAAAAAAAAAGACAGUAUGGCAUGAACAUACUCAUAGAACAGAUACUAUUUAGAAGUAUUUUAUUGCUUCAUAGACUAUCAAAAUCAAAUAACAGCAAUGCACCCUAUAUUUUGUACACAGCCUGGAAAAUGCUUGUCCAGUGCACUGUAGUUCCACAAGAAUCACAAAACAGUAACCCACAAGCUUGACACAUAGACUUACAUAGACAAUGACAUCAAUGUAACAGCAUGUACAAAUUAUGUCCCAGAUAUGUACACAUGUAGAAUGGAUAUGUAACAGAUUGGUAUACAUAUGUACAUUGAUGCUCUAGUGACAAACAUGGGAAUGAGGCAUGAAUAUGUACAUUUAAAGUAUGUAAGUGUCAUUGCUGCCAAUAAGAACGAGUGCAUCCACCUACCAAAACCAGGCAAGCUGAAAAACAAGUUUCAUGUGCCCAUCAGAGACGAACAGAAGGACCUGUCCAUCGCCAGAGGAAUUCCUUUACACUGAGAAAGAAGAGCUCCUCCAAGAGAACAGAUAGAAGCUCGGAAUGCAGCCAUUCUAGGAUGGCAAAAAGCGUGGGGACGACUGCCUGUGGGAACUGCAUCGCAGCAUUUGUGCCAUAGGCAAAAAGCACCAGCAACAACUAGAAGCCAUGCGAAGCAGUCCCAUGGACAAUGGCCAAAAGAAGUGAAACAGUUUUUCUAAGGCCACAAAAUCUAGCAUUCUCACAAAGGCCUCAGAGCAUGCCGAUUUGUCUACUGAAGGGGGCAGUUCAGACAUACUGCUGAUAAAACUUACCUUAGCCAAAAGGCCCAGAAACAAAAUCUGCGAAAUGCUUGUCGAUUUGGAUCCCUCCUAGCUGACGUCCCUACGUGGAGUGGGUGAAACGUACUCUGAGGAACAAAAAUUACUGGCUAACAAUUUAGCCAGGAUUACUGGCUAAAAUAAGCCAUGCAAUGAAGUUCCCUAUUUGAGUGAGGUAUAUGCAAGGUAGCUUUUAUUUUAUAAUCAUUGGCAAACAUUUCGAAGGAAAUUCUGAACUGCGACGGAGGCUGCAUUGCUGCUGUUUCAUUGACCUUUGAUACCGUCACACACUACAGACUUCACGAACAGCUUUCACCAUCGCUGCAUAAAAACCAUUACAGAACUCCCUUUAACAACUUUGCUGUAAAAUUAGAAAACUUUUGUUCAUUCAACAUGGCGUUUGCUGAUACAAAUAGGUAAAUUCCUAUUUUUCAUGGUCUCGGGCAGUUGCCCAAGGCAUGCUUAGUUUUCAGAUGAGCUUCAAAGAGCUGUAUUUCGAAUUAUCAGUAUACCCAACUGUUUUGUAACACCCUUUCGGUCUGAUAUAUCCGGGAUUGACUGUAUGCGCAUGUGUCUGUUCUUUCUUUAUCUUUUUUCUCACCUGGGCAAGUUCAGAAAUGAACCAGGCUGUGCUGAUAUGUCACAGUGUUCUUUUGCAAACUACAUCUGUCAGUUGUCAUGUUUUCUUGGCAGUAAAUAAAAUAGUUUAGCAAUAACGU